ACAGUGUUGCGGCGUUGCGGCGCAUCUAAACUCCUCCCGGUCAUUGCGCGGGCAUCAUGUGGCUAACACCAGCCCGACACUCACCGCUCACAGGGGACCCUAUAUAAGCCGUGCAGCUGUCAGGUGGAGGACACUGGCUGCUCUGUGCUCAGGGACAACUUGCUUUAGGGAAUAACACAGCUCAUCCAAACUCUAACAAUGGCUCAUGCAUGGGGAUACGCUGCGAACAACGGACCCGACAAAUGGGUUUCAAACUUCCCUAUUGCCGAUGGACCCCGUCAGUCUCCCAUUGACAUCCUACCUGGUGGAGCAUCAUACGACUCCGGGCUGAAGCCCCUCCGCCUGAAGUACGACCCCUCCAACUGCCUUGAAAUCCUCAACAACGGACAUUCCUUCCAAGUGACCUUCGCAGAUGACAGCGAUAGCUCAACUCUGAAAGAAGGACCCAUCUCAGGGGUGUACAGGCUCAAGCAGUUUCAUUUCCACUGGGGAGCGUCUGAUGACAAAGGCUCUGAACAUACCGUGGCUGGGACCAAGUAUCCUGCUGAGCUCCAUUUGGUGCACUGGAAUACCAAAUACCCAAGCUUUGGUGAGGCUGCAAGCAAGCCUGAUGGGCUCGCUGUUGUUGGAGUAUUCCUGAAGAUCGGUGAUGCAAAUGCCAGUCUCCAGAAGGUUCUCGACGCCUUCAAUGACAUCAGGGCCAAAGGCAAGCAGACCUCUUUCGCUGGCUUCGACCCUUCUACCUUGCUGCCUGGUUGCCUUGACUACUGGACAUAUGACGGCUCCCUGACCACACCACCCCUGCUGGAGAGCGUUACCUGGAUUGUCUGCAAAGAGCCAAUCAGUGUCAGCUGUGAGCAGAUGGCCAAAUUCCGCAGCCUGCUCUUCUCUGCUGAGGGUGAGCCCGAGUGCUGCAUGGUGGACAACUACCGCCCUCCCCAGCCGCUCAAGGGUCGCCCUGUCCGCGCUUCCUUCCAGUAAUACCCCUUCCCCCCCCUUUUUACCCUUUCUGCCCUGUUGCUCUCUCCCUUCCCCCUCCCUUUAGUCAGAGUUGCCUCUUUUGCAGUGCGCCACAAAGCACACAUGUCUCUCUGCGUCCAAUUUUUUAAAAGAAAUGAAAUUCCUGUGGCCCAUUGCUUUUUCACGUUGGGCGCUCUAGCUGUGAGAUGAAGCACUUGCCAAAUUUGGAUCUCUGUUUUUUAAUGUAUGUAAUGAGCCAGCACAGAUUCCCGGUCAUAAUUUAAAAACAAACAAAGCAAGGAUAAAUAUGAAUUUGAGUUUAAUAAUCUAAAUAGUGCUUUCGAGCCAGCAUGGAGUAGACAGCACAUGAUAGGGGGGAGGGAUACAUCUACAUCACCAUCUGUGAGGAGGGUAAGGUGCAGAUCAAAGACGCAGACACAUACACUCCUGCUGCCAGUCUGUCAGUAAUCUCUGACCGACUGCCAGCCUCUGCAUCCCUGCAGCUUAAUGAAAAGCUGCAGCCGCCUCCAUCACAACCGAUUGAAUCAGAAAAUCCCCCCCUGGCACACACAAACACACAACGUGGCACGCACGGUCUCAUCCAGACAUGAUGCCUAUAGGCACUGACCUGCUUAUUGAUUUGAACAUAGUGUAAAGCAACAAAGGACACGAGGACAGUCUGUUGCUAAGUGCUAGUUACAGAACAUCAUAGCAAUUGUUCAGGUUUUACAGCCUAAUCUACAAAUCUGUCUUGUGUUUGCCAUCCCGUGUUGUGCUGUUAUUAUUAUUGUGGAUUAUGUAUUUUUCAUUAAGCCUAACAGCUUAUGCAAAAUAAGUCUUAACUUAGUCCUAAAUUGUGUUUUUGUAACCAAAAGCCCAUCUGUGUUGUUGAUGCCCAGAUAGUAUAGCAAUACAGAGGAUUGUUUCUGUUUUACAAAAUUAAAUGUAAUGUGUGAAUUCUUUUCAUGUGUUUUUUUUAAACCCCAAUGUGUCAAGUGCUAAUGCUUAAAACGCACAGUUGCCCUUGUGGGCGAAGCCAUAGUGGCCAAUGCACAAAGCCAAGGAAUAAAUUACCCUGCCAAGGAAGACAAGGAAGAAAAGAACCUGCCAACAGAUCAGAUUAUAGUGUCAGCCUGGUGUCAGGCCCUGUAUUGGAGAAUAAUUAACAAAAGACCAUGACAGGUCCUGAAGACGUCUGGUCCUAUACCCCGGUAUGCAUUUCUGAAACUAUAAAGAAGUUUGAUGAAAAUGAUGUGAAAUAAAGAUUGUAAUUAACAUAAAAAAUAAAUGCGCCUUAUGCCAAAUCAAUGUUAGGGCCAUCCCA